CUUUGUUCAGUUCUAGGGUUUUUUACUUUUUACCAGUAAUUUUCAUUUCCCUCUUUCUGACUCUUCCAUUUCAACUAGUAUCGGACUGCGUUUUCUUCACUCAUGAAGAGAGUAAUGCCGUGGAGUGAUAAGGUUGAUCUUAUCUCUUCUGAUGAAUCGUCUUCAGAAGCAGAGGUGGAUGACAAUGAUGGAACCAGUAAUUCGCCUACUGAGCAACCACCCCAAGAAUUGUCCCCCCAAGGUAUGUUGAUGAAAAGGGCAGAAUUGUAUCAGGAGUAUAUGAAGGAAGUGCCUAUCCCAGCACAGUGGGGCGCUGUCAUUCCAUUUACAUCAUGGAUGGGAUUAGGUAGAUCGAUCAAGCAAUUAUAUGGCCAACCCUUGCAUUACCUCGCCAAUGUUCUCCUAAAACAGUGGGACCAAUUGAGAUUUGGAAGUGAGGAUGAAGACACGCCUCUGGAUAUCAUCUUUCAUCCUCGUAAAGCUGAAGCCACCAUCUGGCUUAUUGAAGAAGCCCAUCAGCGCAUCACAGCUUCUCAUCGCAUAGCUAAACUCUGGCAGUCAGAUCCAAUGCAUGAUGCUUUUGUUGAUCCCAUCUUCCCUGAGUUGUUGUGGUUCAUGGGUUCACUUCUAACUCUGGUUGUGAUUCUGUGUAAUGUUUCUUACAACUCAAUAAAACCUAGAACCUACUAAAACCUCAUCUUUUCUUUGGGACAACUGAAGGUGCUGGACCUCUAGAUUUGGUUGGGUUUCCCGUUUGAAGGUUUUCCCUGACCACAAGCUGGCAUCUUCGCAAAAGGUUAAUUGAAGAUUUCCUAGAGAGACUAUGCUGUGGGUCGAAGCCAAGCGCAAGAAAGUUAUCUACACGCUCUAGCUUGCAUUCUCUAUUCUCCAAUGACGCCUACAAGAGAAAGGCACAAGGAAGGAGUGGGAUGGAACUGCGAAAUUCUUUUUAUAUAUGUAUUCAAUUUUAGAGUUCUUGGGAACAAUUAUGUUCCCAAAUAAAUAAAAAUGGAAUAAACCUUCCUUUCAGAU